AGAGAGAGCGAGAGAGUCAUAAAUGCAAUAAUUACAGCUUCAGAAAAACUCUCCUGGUUCAACAGGCUGCCUGCGUAGCUAACAACACUUCUGUCCAUCUGACAGGCGUCACACAGGGCCCAGGGAACACAUCUGUUUGUGCUCCUCUUCUUCUCUGGAUUUACUUUUCAGCAUUACCUUUCAUUUCUCGGCAUGGAUCUGCUCCUGGAUUCUGGUUAAUUCAAUCAAGUUUCCUCCAGACAGCACUACUUUUCCUGACUCACUUUUUUCUCCCCCCCCCCCCCCCCCCGACCCCUAAAUGAAGAAUAAGGAAUCAUCUACCAUGUCUGUAACUGCCCUGUUUAGAGGCAAGUGGGGGCAGAAGACUGAAAGCAAGGAGAAGCCUUCAGCAGCUGUGAUUCAGCCCAGUCACAUGGAUGAGGAUGAUGAAGACGAAUCAUCAGUGGGCUUCAGCAGAAAGACAAAGCUGAGGAACUCCCGCUUCUACAGCUCCAUGAGGAAGAAGAAACAGGCGGCAGGGGAGCUGUCUGACAACUUGACCAGACCCGGUUCGGACCAAAGUCCCUGUUACAGAGCAGGACUCUCCCCCUCUAACGCACCCUCGCCCCAAAAGUCGCCCUUGUUGCCUGGGGCGAGACGCCCUCCGCCUUCACCACUGCUCCAUCACUCCAGAACGGCGUUGCCAAGCAAUGGGGAGGCCAGCAGCCGACAAGCUCAGUACAAAAGAGAUGCUGCGGAGAGGACGGGAGGAGGUGUGGGAGGAGGGAGGAGUGUGGACAUCUCUGCUUCCUCCUCAAACAACCAGCAGAGAGAUUUCACAGCCGAUAGCUUCACUUACCGGACUCACAACAUCCAGAGUGGAGACAUCAAGCAGCUGUCCGAGCAAACCUCCGCAGCCUGCAGCGUACAGGAAGUCAGAGGGAAAACCAUGAGCUCACAUAGGGCGACUUCUGACGGAGCAGACCGGGAGAACGGCAACCUCGGGUUGCUGAGCAAUGGAGACGGCUCCCAGACGAUCCACCAUGGCAUCAACAUCGUCAAAAACAUCGCCUUCCUGUACCAGGAGUACCGGGACACCUCCAAGCAGCAGGAGAUCGAGCAGCGGCGUCAGCGUGAGAAUCUGUCUCCGGGGGUCACUGCAGGGACGGUGGUGGAGGGGUCUGGGGUCGUGCCCCCCCCGGCGUUACAGUUGCAGCUCAGGAACAGCGCUCGCUCUCUGACUCUGUGGCAGAACCUGGACGUGGUUCAGGCCAGCGGACUGCUCAACCAGCUGCCACAGAAAGAAGUCAUCAUGCAGGAGGCCAUGUUUGAGCUUGUCACCUCAGAAGCAUCCUACUACAAGAGCUUGGAGAUUUUGGAGACCCACUUUCUACGUAACCCUGCUUUAAUCAACACUCUCAGCCAGUCCGACAUGCACUUCUUGUUUUCAAACAUCGAGGAGGUGAUGAAGGCCAGUGAAAGGUUCCUGAUGGACCUUGAGCACAGAAUUGAGAAGUCCAUUUUGAUUUCUGAUGUGUGUGACAUCGUUUCGCACCAUGCUGCGGAGCACUUCAAUGUCUUCAUCAAAUAUGUCAUUAACCAGGUGUACCAGGAGAAGAACUACAGACGCAUUCUAGAGGGAAACCAGGCGUUCAGGGAGGCCAUGGCGACUCUUGAGAACCAUUCUCGUGUCCGGGGUCUGUCCUUCACAUCCUUCCUCAUCCUUCCUUUCCAGAGGAUCACCAGGCUCAAGCUGCUCAUACAGAAUAUCCUGAAAAAAGCAGAGGAGAACUCAGAGAGGGAAGCAAAUGCUAUAAAAGCCCACCAGCAGCUGGAGCAGAUUGUGAAAGAGUGUAACGAGGGGGUGCGAAAGAUGAGUCGCACUGAGGAGCUCAUCAGCAUCGAGAAAACUCUGGAGUUUAAAUCCAAGUCUGUGCCCAUCAUUUCCCACUCGCGCUGGCUGCUGAAGAAGGGUGAGGUGCAGCUGAUGGCUGGCCCGAAGAGCACCAGGACAAUGCGGAGUCGUAAGCUCUACCAGCCUGUGUACUUGUUCCUCUUUAACAAUUUGCUGCUGGUCACCAAACGUAGCUCCAGUGGGGACAAGUUCCAAGUUCUUGACUCGUGCACGAGGGCGAUGUUGAGGACUGAGGAUCUGGAGGAUCAGGGCCAGAUGCUUGCAAACGUCUUUAAUCUGAAGCUGCUGGAGAACCAAGAGGAGCGCCCGGUCAGCUACAUGCUCAAGGCCAGCAGCAUGAGUGAUAAGCUUCGUUGGGUGUGUGCCCUCACUCCAAACCGACGCACACGCUUCAUGUCUACCAGUGCACACCAACCAGACUCUCCACAGGUGCAAUGUAUUCAGUCAUACUCAUCCCAAGAGCCAGAUGAACUCUCCAUUGAGAUGGCCGAUGUUUUGAACCUUCUGGAGAGAACAGAUGAUGGUUGGAUGAUGGGUGAAAGGCUUCAUGACGGCGAAAGGGGCUGGUUCCCAAGUCGAGUUGUGGAGGAGAUUCAUAGCAAGGAGAUCAGAGCUCAGAACCUGAGAGAGGCCCUUAGGAUCCAGCAGGCCCAGGAAGGCGGAGGAGGCCCACAAACUGGAACCAGAAGCGGCUUAAGGGUUGGGAGACGUACACCGAAAGUCUCCAGCUUCUCCAACAACUGGAUUGAUCCGAAAGGGGAGAGCAGUGAAAUGAAGCAGUGAAGCAGUAACAGUGGUGAAUGUGAACAUUCAGUCCCAUGUGCACUAAGAGAGAAAUAAUCAGGGUACAUGUGACUUUAUUCACAAACUAAGACACUUUGAUUGACACUUAGCGGUGGGUGGUUUUCUUAGAAAUCCCCAGUUUUGGUCUCGGUGAUCUGGGAUGCGUGAUCAAAGUGCUUGGGUAGAUAACCUUGUACAAGCAAUGCUGCAUGUCUCAAAAAACGUUUGUGAUGCAUGGAGGACAACCAGCUCUGUGUUUGGUUAUGAGCUUUGUAAGGGGUGGCAAGAACCUGGAAAUUUCUUGCACAGGUUCCUCAGAUGCAUGGGCAAGUUUUAAAACUCUUAAUAUGUUAAUUUCAUUGUGAAAUACCUUUCGACACUGAAUUACAGCCCACACAACACAACAGUCCAGUCUUACAGAAUACAUACAAUAAGUGUUGUAUGGAAAACACCAACUAUCCAUUAAAAAGUCUGUCUUACAAUAUUUUAAAAAGAGAGUCAGUUGAAGUGAUACUCCACCAAAAAUAGUGUAUGUUAUGGGUGUUAUAAGUUUAUAACAUUAGACCAACUAGACUCAAUGACGGAGAACAGAGGCAGCAGUCAUCUUGGCUUCACACAAAGGUUGCCACUUCCUCUAUAGAAACCAACGAGAUUGGAGCGCACAAUUGAUUGUUUUCACCUUUCAAUUUGUACUCAUUUAGUUUAACUAAAUAAGCUACAUCGCUGCCAUUGCUUCCUCACGGAGUUCAGAAUAACCUGAGACUUCUCUUCAGGUAAAGGUAAAAUGUCAACAUGAAGUCAUGUGCCAAUUAAUGUAAGUUGUUCCCAAAGAGCUCUCCUUCCGAAAGAAUAUUGUCCUGCUAGCAUUUUAACAUACAAGGCCAUAUUUUUACCGUUGCUUGGAACUACUCUUGGCUUCCCUCAGGUUGAUGUCUUCCCUUUCUUUAAAUGUUGACCCCUUUAUCAAAAUUGUUAAUCCUAAAUAAUUAAAAUAUUAGAAAUUGCAUGGAUGAGUCUGUGAAUGGUCUGAGAUUUUAUCUGCAAAGUCCUUGGAUUUCCAGAUUAUCUAGGCAGAUCGUCGAUACAGACCAAGAUCCCUAACCAGAUUAUUUUCCAAUUGUUAAAAGGGACGAAUCCGGUUGCAAUUGUCCCAAUCCUCCUCAAGUCUGAGCGUCGUCUUUGGGCAUGAACAGGAUACAUAUAUAUGACAGUCUUAAGAAAAUGAACACAGAAAGCAUUGCAGCAAUUGUGACACUGCAGCAGGCUGAAAACACAGGCUAAAAGCAGCUAACGUUAGUGCCAUCGAUUUAUAACAAACAUCAUUUGGAUGGGGUCUUAAGUUUAUUUCAGUCUUCCAACCGCUUAAAGCACUUCACCAUACAUGUCAUGAAGUCAUCUUCUAAACUCGAGAUACUGUGAAUCAAAUCCUUGAUCUUUUUAUUAGUGGGCAACUCAACCAACUAACUCCUUAGCCCAGCACCUCGAAUAGAAGUAUAGAAGACUAUGAAAUAGAUUAUUACAUAUUUAAAAAAAUACACCUAUGCUGGCAAACGCAUAACUCAUAAUAUAGCUCCACUCCCAAAUCAAAAUGACAGCCUACUCAGCUUAUAUUUUUUAGAAAUGAUAGCCUUUUUAAAGGCCUUUAAGUUCUUCACUCAAUACCUUUGCUAGUCUGAAACUGAUCAAAGUCAGUUCAUGUCUUCUCCACAGUACCUUGGUGCAAGAAGGCUUUCAUUUGAUUACACCUUAAAAAGGAUAUCUCUGCUAGUAAAAAAAAAACCCUAUUCUUCCUGCCAUGAAUUCAAUCAGACUGCCGCUUGUCUUCUCUGUCAAAGAACAAACUUCACACUAACUACCAUCCUCUAAGCCUACAGUGGUUCAUACUCAAAACAUACAGUUUCCGUUGUGUCACUUUAAAUCCACAGAAGUAAGAAUUGAAUGCCAAAUAAUUGCAAUAUAUUCUAACUGUAAAGAAUGUACUGUAUCAUCACUAUGGAUCAGCAUGAUUGUAAAACGUGUCUUUAAAUACGGUGUACAGUAUUGCAAACAUCUGAUGUUUAAAGUAAUAAUUACUAAAUAAUUGUUCUUUCAUUUUGUAAAAUGUAAAUUAUUGUUCAUAAAAAAGCAUUAAUCACAA